GCCCAGAGGCAGCUAAUGUCCAACGGCAGCUCCAUCACCGAGUUCCUCCUCCUGGCAUUUGCAGACACGCGGGAGCUGCAGCUCUUGCACUUCUGGCUCUUCCUGGGCAUCUACCUAGCUGCCCUCCUGGGCAACGGCCUCAUCAUCACCGCCAUAGCCUGCGACCACCACCUCCACACCCCCAUGUACUUCUUCCUCCUCAACCUCUCCCUCCUUGACCUUGGCUUCAUCUCCACCACUCUUCCCAAAUCCAUGGCCAAUUCCCUCUGGGACACCAGGACCAUUUCCUAUUAUGGAUGUGCUUCUCAGGUUUUUUUCUUUUUCUUUUUGAUCUCAGUGGAAUUGCAUCUUCUCACUGUUAUGGCCUAUGACCGCUACAUUGCCAUCUGCAAACCCCUGCACUACGGGACCCUCCUGGGCAGCAGAACCUGUGCCAACAUGGCAGCAGCUGCCUGGGGCAGUGGGUUUCUCAAUGCUGUGCUGCACACUGCCAAUACAUUUUCAUUACCACUCUGCCAAGGCAAUGCUGUGGAGCAGUUCUUCUGUGAAAUCCCCCAGAUCCUCAAGCUCUGCUGCUCUAACUCCUACCGCAGGGAAGCUAGGCUUGUUAUGGUUGGUGUCUGUUUAGCAUUUGGGUGUUUUGUUUUCAUUCUUUUCUCCUAUGUGCAGAUCUUCAGGGCUGUGCUGAGGAUCCCCUCCGAGCAGGGACGGCACAAAGCCUUUUCCAUGUGCCUCCCUCACCUGGCUGUGGUCUCCCUGUUUGUCAGCACUGGCAUGUUUGCCUACUUGAAGCCACUCUCUGUCUCCUCCCCAUCCUGGGAUCUGGUGAUGGCUGUUCUGUACUCAGAGGUGCCUCCAGCAUUGAACCCCUUCAUCUACAGCAUGAGGAACAAGGAGCUCAAGGAUGCCAUUAGGAAAGUGAUUUCCUGGAUGUUUCUCAAUAGUGAUAAACUUCCUGCGACUCUCCACAAAUGA